GAAGUUUAAUUGCAGGACAGGACUGCAGCUUGACACGUCCCCUUGCGAACCACGCAACCCAGCCUAUGAGUAGGAUGGGGAUGAGUAAUGGAUCUCACAUCAUGCGGAAUUCUUCCCCAUUCGCUUGCAGCUUAACCUUUUAACCUCCAGAGCAGGUCUCACACAAAUGAGGGGAAGCGCUGAUGGUCUCGUAUUUUGGGGAAGAGCCGGGGCCGUGUCUCCCGAUUCUGUUACUUAAUGUUUUGCUACGACGCGCGGGAGAGACGAGACGACAAGACGAUCCAAGCCAACCUGCAAUUUGGAGCGGUGGCUUAUCAGUGAAGGCAUUACGCAGAAGUGUUUGCCAAUUGAUAUUCGUUUGGUGGUGCGACCGUGGAGCCUUGAGGCGGAGUCAAGUCGGCCCGGGUCUUUGUUUUCCUCCCUCUCCUUCUCCCUCUCCCUCUCCCUCUCGGCGUCUGCAGCCCUUUCGCCGAGGCCGGUCUCCAGGCUGGGCUGUUUUCUGGAACGGCCACCAGCGGAUCGUUCUUCCAUCCUUGCCUGCCAAUCGUGCCUCUGCCAAUCUAAUAACAACUUACCUAUGCACUGUAACUACAGGUCGCCUUACUGCGCCCAUCCCCGGAGCCGAAUCAAUGCCGAUAUUUUCCCCAACAAGUCAAAAGAUAACACCAACAUGAUUGACAACUGCUCAUCUGUAGAUCAACCCCUUACAUGCCACCGCGCCAGAUCAUACUACAUACUGCAUAACGGAUGACCAUGUACUCUUAUCGAGAUUAUCGUAAUGGAGACUAGUCACCGCGGUAGGCUAUCACUUGGCAACAGUCUAAUGGCCUGCCCAGCACGGCACGCUGCCAGCACGGCCGAAUGUGCUUUGCAUGCUUUGCAUACUUUGCAUAGUUGGCACACUUUGCAUCUCCUCCUUGCU